AUGCGUCUCAGCAUUCCCAUUGUCGCGGCCCUUGCCGUGGGCGGUACUGAUGCCCUCUUUUUUUCUUUCUCCAACAUUCGUUUUCCUUUCCCAAUCAAGUGGCCCGUCGUUGUUCCUAAACCUGCGCCUAUUCAGCCAGCUCCUGUCCCAACAGCUACUAAGCCUGCUACAAACGUUCAGUCCACUGUAGCUGUAAAGCCCACUACUGCCGUCGUCGCGGUCGAGCUCAGCACAUCUACAACAUCUGCUACGGUUGUUUCUGUUGCUCCCUCCAUCGCUAUCGCCUCUUCGGUUUCAUCGGCUUCAUCGGUGUCCUCGGCGUCAUCGGUUUCCUCCGGUGCUUCUGUCUCUGUUCUUUCUUCAGCCUCUCUUCCUUCAGCGACCUCCAUCGUACCUGGCCUGUCCCCCGUCACUGUCGACAGCACCAUUCUUAUCCUCGGCACGACUGAUUAUGCUUGCGACUCAGCAGCAUCAGGCCUUCUGAGCUAUGGCAUUCCCUUUGAGAAGGUCCUGGUGCCGAAGGAGGGCUUUGUCAUGCCUAGUCUCAACAGCUCAUCCAGCGACGGCAAGUAUGGUGCUAUCAUUGUUAUCGAUGCUGCAUCGUAUCAGUAUGAGUCUGGUUGGGCUAGCGCCAUUACCACUGACAUGUGGGAUCAAAUCUACGAAUACCAGCUGCACUUCCAUGCGCGUCUUGUUCGUAUCAACGAGUUUCCCAGCCCACAAUUUGGUGUUACUACCGCCGGCGAUGGCUGCUGUUCGGAUCAAGACGGUGUCGAUCCACAACUUGUUAGUCUUACAGACGAUUCAGACUUUCCCUCGGCCAAUUUGAAGACAGGCGCUACCCUUUCUACCAAGGGCAUCUACCAUUACCCUGCCACCAUCACCAACGCAACCAUCGCUAAGCAAAUUGCAAAGUUUGGACCAGGCGGUGGUUACACCUCUGACACCGUCGCUGCCAUCAUCAACAAGUUCGAUGACGGUCGCGAGCAGCUCGUCUGGUUCCUCGGUUGGGCGCACGACUGGUCUCAGACCACUGCCUUCCUUCAACACGCCCACAUCCACUGGAUGACACGCGGUGUCUUCCUGGGCAAGCGCAAGGUCCAUCUCAACGCUCAAAUUGAUGAUGUUCAGCUGUCCACCGGUCUCUACUACUCUGUCUCGGGCGAGAAGGAGUUCAAGAUUCGCACUGAUGACCUCAAUGCACACGUUGAUUGGCAGUACAGCAUCAACGCUCGUCUCCCUAAGGGUUCCGACUUCUGGCUGGAGUUCGCCCACAAUGGAAACGGUGACAUCAUCAGCGCUGUUGGCAAGACUUCGUCUGAUCAAGUUUGUGUACCUGACACAGCUGUUGAUUUCGACUCUCCCCCCGACACGCCACUUGAGUUUGUCAAGCCACCGGGCACAGGCACAAACAAAUGGUCUGAUGAGUUUGUUUAUGGACAAUACCCGUGGUCUCAGACAUGCGCCAAGCUGGAUGACUUUGCUUCUUGGUUCUUGAACAAGGACAACCUCAACCACUUCGCCCAUCUCUCCCACACAUUCACGCAUUUGGAGUUGAACAACGCCACUUACCAAGACGCCAGUCGCGAGAUUGACUUCAACCGUGCAUGGAUGAAGCAGAUGGGUAUUGAUCAGGCUGUUCGUUAUUCUCCCAAUGGCUUGGUUCCCCCUGCCAUCACUGGUCUUCACAACGCCGAUGUUAUCCAGGCGUGGCUGGACAACAAGAUCACUUUUGUUGUUGGGGAUAACACUCGACCGGUCCUCCAGAACCAGCAGAACACCUUCUGGCCCCUCAUCAGCACUGUUGAGAGCAACGGUUACAAUGGUUUGGUUAUUGUUCCUCGCUUUGCCACCACUAUUUACUACAACUGCGACACCGCUGAGUGCACUACUAAGGAGUGGAUUGAUACCUCUGGUGGUAAGGGUGACUUCAAAGAUUUGAUAGCUCAAGCUAGAGUCGAGAACACCCGUCAUCUACUGGGACUUCAUGCCGACCCUUACAUGUUCCACCAGGCUAACAUGCGGGUCGCCGAUAUGCCCCAGCGUACCAUCGGCACUUACACUUCUAAGAUGUCGCUGGUGACUACUUGGGUUGAGGCUGUUACGCAGGAGCUGAUGCGUCUGACCAACUGGCCUAUCACCUCUAUCAAGCACGACGACAUCGCUCAGUAUUUCCUCAAUCGCAAGGCUUUGGAUGCUUGUAAUCCUAAGCUAUCGUAUGGUGUCUCCAAGGAUGGAAAGAGCAUUGCACAUGUCGUACUGUCUGCUGACAAUAACUCGUGCUCUGUUCCUGUACCUGUGACUAUCCCCGGUGGAGCUGCGGUACCUGAUGGCGUAUCCCAAGCUGACACUUUGGGUUCCGAACCAACGAUCCAGUGGGUCAAGCUGACUGGUUCUCCUGUCAAGUUGAUGUUGAACAGUAACAUUGCUCUGUAA